GGUUCGAGUGCGUACGAGACGGUGGAACAAUGGUCGCGCGCCGGGGUGAUUUACCGUUUCUUGCUACCGUUACCGUCGUUACCGCCGCCGUCGUCGUCGCCGAGGGUGGCUGUACUCUGUAAGGACUAGUGGCGUCGCGCGCAAGAAGGCGGGGACGAAGGAUUGCUUUAUCGGUGCGUGAAACGUAACAGAAUGCUUGUUCCUUUUGCGGACGUACGUGCGCGGCACCGGGACUGGAUAUAAUACCAAGAGCUACGCCACGCGCCGCGCGUUCUUCGCUUCUUGUGAUACACGCCUCCUCCUUGGGCAUGCCAACGCUUUGAGCCAAAAUGGCAGCCACGUUAACCGCCGAGCAGGAACAAGCUACAAAGGAAUUUAUAGAAGCUGUGAAUAGGUGUAGAGCUGGUAGACGAGCUGGACCAGUAUCCUGGAGCACGGCGGUCAAGUUUUUAGCGGCACGGAAGUUUGAGGUUCAACGAGCUUUAGCUCUGUACGAGCAGCACGAAGCCACUAGGAGGAGAGAGGGAUUAGCAGUUCUGCAUCCUACCCAGGAACCCCUACUCAGUGAACUAUACACAGGAAAAUUUACGGUCCUGCCAUCAAGAGACGCAACAGGUGCAGCGAUAGCUAUUUUCACAGCGCAUUUGCAUCUUCCACAGAAUACUACACAUCAAACAACUUUACAAGGUGUUGUAUAUCAACUGGACGCUGCCCUUGAAAGUGCAGAAACGCAGAAGCAUGGACUAGUUUUUAUUUAUGACAUGUCUGAUAGCAAGUAUCAGAAUUUUGAUUAUGACCUGUCUCAGAAAAUUCUGACACUUUUGAAGGGUGGCUAUCCGGCAAAAUUAAAAAAAGUCUUGAUAGUGACGGCGCCGUUGUGGUUCAAAGCGCCCUUCAAGAUCCUUCGAUUAUUUGUUCGUGAAAAACUGAGGGACCGAGUAUUCACAGUAUCCAUCCCUCAGCUGACGUUGCAUAUCCCACGAGAAUCAUUACCACAUCGUUUAGGCGGCACGUUGGAGGUACAGCAUGAAGCAUGGCUACUACAUUGUCUUAAAUCCAUGACGAACCGAAGCGGGGGUGAACUGUGUGAGGUCACCCCAAGAGUAGGUACACCUGUGUCGCCCACGGCGAACGAUAAUACAGUUCAUCAAAAUCCUAAUGGAACUACAACGCACAGUAAUUCGACUAGUCCUAUAAUUGAUAAGAACAAACAGAAAAAUGGUGUGUCGAAUAUCAGCGAUAUCGAGAUCACUACCGCAAAUGCUGAUGCUUGGAUGGGAACCGAUGAGGCACCUUCCCCAGUUCAGCCUCCGUCCUCAGCUAGUUCUGGUUUUAGUGACGACGACAGUCUUCAUGGAGAUCCUGGACUUCAGGCUGUUACCAUGGAGCAAUUUAUAGCGGAUAUUCAUUCGCGAGGACGCGCUGGUCUCGUAGCGGAAUACGCGGAAAUUAGACAGAGACCGCCUGAUGGUUCAUUUAAUAAUGCAAAGUUAAGGUCUAAUCAAUCAAAGAAUCGCUACACCGAUGUGCUUUGUUAUGACCACAGCAGAGUCUGCCUUUCGCAAAUAGACGGAGAUGCGACGUCUGAUUACAUAAAUGCGAAUUUUGUUGAUGGUUAUAAACAGAAGAACGCGUUUAUCAGUACUCAGGGUCCUCUUCCGAAAACUUGCGGUGAUUUCUGGAGGAUGGUUUGGGAACAGCAGACGUUAGUCGUCGUCAUGACUACAAGAGUAGUGGAAAGAGGGCGUACAAAGUGUGCACAGUAUUGGGGUCCGGAACCAGGUGAUGAAGUACAAGCGGGUGGUUUCACCGUAACCACCCUUGAGGUCGAUACAAAUCCAGAUUACACAAUAUCCAUGCUUCUUCUUACAAACAAUAAGACUGAUGAGACGAGGGAAGUUUGCCAUAUGUUGUACACAGUGUGGCCAGAUUACGGUGUUCCUCAGUCGGCUAAAGCUUUAUUACAAUUCUUGUUCUUAGUCAGGCAACAGCAGAGUAAAUUACUCGCUAGCAGAGGAGACACAUGGGCCGGACAUCCUCGAGGACCACCUAUAGUCGUACAUUGCAGCGCUGGCAUCGGAAGAACAGGCACAUUUUGUACCUUGGACAUUUGCAUAUCGCGACUAGAGGACACUGGAACCGUAGACAUACGAGGAACUGUCGAGAAGAUUAGAGCACAGAGGGCCUACAGUAUUCAAAUGCCGGAUCAGUACGUCUUUUGCCAUCGUGCUUUGGCGGAAUAUGCGCUUUCCAAAGGGAUGCUUAGUGCACAGCAUCUCUCCAUGUUACCUCCACCGAUCGAAGAGGAUUCUGAUUAAGAUAGUAAUGAGUUCUGCUAUCAUAUACUGGAUUGAUGUUCUUCCCUAGUAUGCGUGCGUAUGUAUAUAUAACUAUAAAUAUGUAUACAUAUACAUACAUACACACCCAUACACACGCUAUCCUUAAAAUAGCCUAUUUCUACCUUAAACGACUGAAAGUUAUUUUUUGCUAUUGUAUCCAUCGAUGUAACGAUUGAACUUCUCGCUAUUACGUUAGUCCUAAAUUUCCUAUGAAGCGGAUUGGUUCUUUUUUCAAUACCAAAUAAACGAACAGGAAAUGUUUCAUAUUCCUGUUCUUUAUGCUCUGGCAAAUUCUAUGUAAAGGUGCAUCAAAAGGCACUGAUCAAAGAUAGAUAUUUUACUAGUAUAAGAAUCUGGCACAUUGAUGGAUCUUAUUCGACUCUCUCAAACUUAAAUUAGAAUUUAUAUUCUUUAAAAUUUGAAGCUUAAAUUUGAGCUAUUACGAAACGAGAUUUAAUUUCUAAAUAUUUUAAUUUAUUAUAUCUUUUAAUA